UCUUAGCGGUUCGGUGUCGGCAGUGAGUCUAGCAUCUGUUUGUCAUGACAGGAGAGGAUUUAACAGUCCUGUGAUCGGUUUUCAGCUCUGAUGUGAAGGUCUUGACGAUACGAGUGUGGAAAUGGAGCAGUUGGAUCCUUCUCCGUUAAAGCGUUUUGUUCUGGCCAAAAAGAAGAUUGGAGAGGUUUUUGAGCAGCUUUUAGUUUACGUUCAGGAGGGCUCGGAGUUUGUAAAAGAAACCUGUAAUAAUGAGUCGCUGGAGAAUAUUGCAAACAGGAGCCAGCUGGAUCAGAUCGAGGCGUACACGAGCAAACUGUCCACCAUUAAAGAGGUGUUAGCUCGCAGACACAUGAAGGUGGCUUUUUUCGGCAGAACAAGCAAUGGCAAGAGCACGGUUAUCAACGCCAUGCUGCGUGACCGCGUGCUACCCAGCGGCAUCGGCCACACCACUAACUGCUUCCUGAGCGUGGAGGGCACGGAUGAAGACAAGGCCUUUCUGAAGACCGAAGGAUCCGAGGAGGAGAAAAGCAUCAAGACAGUGAAUCAGUUGGCUCACGCACUACAUAUGGAUGAGAGUCUGGAUGCCGGCUGUCUGGUCAAAGUGUUCUGGCCCAAAACAAAGUGUGCUCUGCUGAGAGACGACCUGGUUCUGGUGGACAGCCCUGGAACUGACGUCACCACACAGCUGGACAGCUGGAUCGAUAAAUUCUGUCUGGACGCGGAUGUGUUUGUGUUGGUGGCGAACUCUGAGUCCACUCUCAUGAACACGGAGAAGCAUUUCUUCCACAAGGUCAAUGAACGCCUGUCAAAACCUAACAUCUUCAUCCUGAACAAUCGCUGGGACGCGUCUGCUGCCGAACCCGAAUACAUGGACGAUGUGCGAAAGCAGCACACGGACAGGUGCGUGAACUUCCUGGUGGAGGAGCUGAGGGUUGUGGAUCGAGCUCAAGCGCCGAAUCGUAUUUUCUUCGUGUCGGCGAAGGAGGUGCUGAACUCGCGGAUGCAGCGGGCGCAGGGUAUGCCAGAGACGGGUGGCGCUUUAGCUGAAGGGUUUCAGGAGCGACUGAAGGAGUUCCACAACUUUGAGAGAUCGUUUGAGGAGUGUAUCUCGCAUUCAGCAGUGAAAACAAAGUUUGAGCAGCACACAAUCAGAGCAAAGCAGAUCACAGAAACGGUCAAAGACGUCAUGGAUCAAAUCAACAUCGCCGCCGCGGACAAGAGGGUGCUUUCUCUGGAGGAGAGAGAGUAUCUGAUUGACCGACUGGAUUUCGUUCGCAAUCAACUCAACCUGCUCAUCCAGGACAUCAAGAAGAAAAUCGAGGCCAUCACGGAGGAGGUGAAACACAAGGUGUCGGAUGCCAUGGCAGAAGAGAUCUGCCGUCUGUCUGUGCUCAUAGACGAGUUUCGUGCAGACUUCGACCCGUCACCAGACGAGCUCAAAAUCUAUAAAUCUGAUCUUCUCAGCCACAUCGAGAAGGGCAUGGGCAAGAACCUGGCCUUCCGCUGUUCUGAUGCCGUAAACGCCUCGGUUCAGUCGUCUCAGCAGGACAUGAUGGAGUGUCUGAAGCCUCUGCUGCCCUCUGCUGUCCAGAGCCAGCUGCACAUGCUCAUUCCCUGCAGGAAGUUUGAGCUCAGCUACAACCUCAACUGUGCCACCCUUUGCUCAGACUUCCAGGAGAACAUCGAGUUCCAGUUCUCUUUAGGCUGGACCGCGCUGGUCCACCGUUUCCUAGGUCCCGUCAACGCCAAACGUGCCUUGAUGCUGGUGGAUCAGAACCUACUGCUGACGGCACCGACCACCCCUUCGGCUCCAGCGGUGGUUCAGUCUCAGAUCCCCAGAGCUCAAGGUCAGAAUCAGCCAUCUCUGGCACAGGAAGAACUCAUGAUGUCUAUGGUGAACAACCUGGCCUCGGUCACCUCUCGCACGUCUAUGAGUGUGAUCAUCGUUGGAGGAGUGGUGUGGCGAACAGUUGGCUGGCGUCUGAUCGCUCUCUCCAUUAGUCUGUAUGGCAUGCUGUACCUGUAUGAAAAACUCACCUGGACCACCAAAGCCAAGGAAAGAGCCCUGAAGAAACAGUUUGUGGAUUACGCCACCGAAAAACUUCAAAUGAUCAUCAGUUUCACCAGCUCAAACUGCAGCCACCAAGUGCAGCAAGAAAUCGCCAGCACAUUCGCCCAACUCUGCCAGCAAGUCGACAUCACCCAGAAGGAGCUGGAGAAUGGCAUCCAACGGCUCACCCACAAGAUCCAGAAGCUGGAAACUGUACAGAAGCGAUCCAAAGUGCUCAGACAUAAAGCCACGGCUCUGGAAAAGCAGCUGGAGGAUUUCAGCUCCCAGUAUCUUCGUCCUCAGCCCUGAUUCUGCGUUCACACGGACGCUCGGCUGCUUCCAGAGUGAUGUAACUCGUGAAUACUGUACACCCUGCUGUUUAGGGAAUUCUCGACUCGCCAGAUGUUGCAAGGAAUGCAGAGGGGGAAAAUUGUACUUGUAUUUAACUGUAAAAUUUGUAUUCUUGAAUUAAAGCUGCUUUCAGUGCUGUAUUUUGGUUGAGUUUCACUGGAACUGAACUUGAAAACACUCCCCUAUGAUGCAAAACAUAAAGGAAAAAAGCAUCUGGAAUUUCAAAAUGGAGUCAGUUUUGCUGUUCAGGUUCAGCGUAAUGAAGGAGUAAAACUUUCAUUCUUAUACAGAGCCUUUUUCUUCAGAAACAGAAUUCAUGUCAUCGGGAAUUCAGAGUUGUGUAGAUUUGCCUUUUGAUCACAAAGCCUGUUUUCUGUUUCUUGAGAGUCUAACCCCAGAUUCUCUUUAUGAAUUUUCUGUUAUUUCUAAACAUGUAAAUGUGAUAUCCUGGAAUCCCAAUGUAAAAAUUCCUCCGGUGUAAUAAAAAUAUAAUAAAAUAUUAUUAACCCUCCUGUUGUGUGUAAA